AGGGUGAAUAUUUCCAGCUCAGUUUUCAAACUAGAAGUGUCCCAGUCUUGAACUGGGCGAUUGUGGUCUUUUGAGGUGUUUAAGAUGAAGCACUUCCUCGCCAUGGUUAUGCUGUUCACCUCCUGCACUCUUUCUGCUCACGGGGCCGAAGAAGACCGUGAAAGAAUGAUUGCCGAUCUGGUGAAAGUCAACGACAGCCUGUUUCGCUCCUACGGCUGCCACUGUGGCAUCAAGGAGAUUGGGAGUUUCGAGCCCAAAGAUUACAUAGACGUAUGCUGCCAAAUUCUUAACUGCUGCUACGAGGAUUUAAAACCUACGGGAUGCUAUGCUGAAACAAGGUACAAAUACACCUACGACGGAGAAGACAUGGCAAACAAAGCCUCAUGGUGUGAAGUAAAGGUGUGUACGUGUGAUCGGUUGUAUUCCAUCUGCCUGCUGGAUUCUCACGGGUUAUUCAACAAGGAUUUCAUUCCCUCAGGUGAAAGGGACUGCAUGGAAAUAGACCUGCCUGGUUGCUCCCUAGCAAAGAAGUAG